AUGCGGACGACUCACAAGAUAUGUACGGGUGUGGCUGUGGGUGUGGCUGUGACUGUGGGUGCGGGUGUGGGCGCGGGCUUGGGCUUGGGCUGGCUGUGCGGGCAGGUCUCCAACAAGCUCGCCAAGGUCUUCCACUCGGUGACGGUGCAGACGGCCAUGGUGGACACGCUCGUCAAGCACUUUGGCGCCCAUGCCGGGUAUCUGGACGCAUGGUACGCGUUUACUCAGGCCGGGAAAGACUUGGUCAACACAGAGGCCCGCGAGGCCGAGGAGGCCGAGACAGCGGCGGCGGCGGCGGCGGGGGGUGGCAAUGACGCCCAGCCGGCAGCCGGCGGCAGCCCGGCGGCGAUGGUUACCGAGUAGAAGAGGGGGCGCCAGCGAUAGGGGGCAGGCGGACACGCCGCCGCUGAGGAGGCGUGCGCUGGCUGGCGAUGGGUGCGAUAAA